AUGAGUUUAAGUCUUAAAGGUUCCCAAAUAAGUCCAUGCAAGUCAGCAGUUAGCAGUAGUCGUUCGACCACAAGAAUAUAUAAUGACAGCUCUCGAACAAGAAGUGUGAGAGAGAUUAUUAGAAGCAAUAAAAAUCCUUUUCGAGGCCCAGAAGUUUCUUCUAGUACUUCAGAACCAUUGGUUGGACAGAAGUUGGAAUCCCCUGACAAUUUAAUUACUAACGACGAUGAAAACCCGCUCAUCGAUUUCAAUAACACAAUUCACACCGAUUCAUUAACAUUUAGGAGAGACAAAUGUAGUUCGUGGUCGAGUAACUCAAAUGAUAAAAGUGUUUCAAGAUGGCUGGAAACACAUUUUCAUGACCAAAACGAUAGUGAUUUUAUAUGGGACGGUCAACAUGACAAUGAUAUAUUGACACCAUGCUCAGACAAAAAAGGUGAGGACUUCAAAUGUGGACAAAAUUUGGACACGAUAGGGGAUAGUUUAGACUUGAAUAUAAAUCCAAGAUUAGGAAAUAUCUGUAUAGAUUUGAACGAAGUUUCAGGUGAUGAUGGUGAUUUACAAUACACAGAUAUCAAUGAGAAAACAGAUACUCCACCUCCAUGUUUAGUCAGACCUUCAUCUAAUUCAGUCAACACUGCACGCCAGAUAAGUGGUUUCAAUGAUGAAUUAAAACUGAUAACCUCAACUUCGUAUGAUGACAAUCGACGUAAUUCCGCAGCGACUGUUAUACAAAAGUUUUGGAGACUUCAUAGGAGAAGAUAUUUAGCAGCGGAAGCCGUAAUGUAUCGUCUGCUUGACAAUCAAAAACGCAGAUUAAGUAAACAGAACAUGAAUAAUGGACGACCCAUUCAUUCAGUUCUACAAAGUCGUCAAAAUGAGUUAAAACAGAAAAGGAAACAACAACACCAAAAUGCUAUUAAAAUUUUGCAGGAGAAUCGAUCCUCUAAAAGUUCGCAAAGUCAAGAAACUUUAGAGGAUAAGGCAGAAGUAAAUGAUGUGUCUGAAUCAAUUCUUGUAUCUGGUAACCGAAAGGACCGUACAAAUGAAGACAAAUCAAACAUUUUGAAUAAGCCUAUAUCUAAUACCAAUGCUAAUCAAUGUAAAACUUACAGCUCUGAUAUUCAUAUUACCACAACUACAGAACAAAAUGUACACAAUGAAAUUGAACAAGUCUGUAGGGAGAACAGCAGUCUCUGUCAGACUGAGUUUUGCGGUCUACGGAAAGAUGGAAAUAACAGGGCACUUGGUCAACAAAAAAAUGUAUCUGGGGAAAAGAAUAUGUCAGCUGUAGAUAACAUACUUCAGGAAUUAAAACAGCUAGAAAGUGUGGAAUUCUUAAAUUAUUGCCCAACGAAUGUCUCAAAACAGGUUUCCUUGCAGAAGUGUCCCAUUCCAACUACAUGGUCUGAAAUGGUCAAGGAUAUUAGUCGUGUCCUAUCUGAGGCUGAACAAGAUGAAGUGCAUUCAGUCAACUUCAGGAAAUAUUGUAGUGUUCAACGAUCUACAGGCUUAAAAGGUGUUCGAAAUCGAUCUGAUUCUACAUUAUCCAAUUAUUCUUCACUUGGUCAGUCAAAUUGGUCUGGUUCAUCUACAAUAACUACAAACAGACAUACGUUCCUGAGUGAAGAGAAUUUGCAUUCACAUACCAAACAUAUGGAACGGGUUUGUUCACGGCAAAAGGCCCAAAAAGAACUGGAUCAAUCUAUAUCUCAAUGUCGAGAAAAAUUGACUACUUUCAUCCAGUCAAAUCAUAAUAAUGUAUGUCAUAAUCUUCCAGAACCAAAAGGCGGUGAUACUGGUACUAAUCAACACACAAAGUAUUCUAAGAGUCGAAACUCUGCUACAUCACAAAGACCAUCUUCUGUAAAAAACCAAACAACUUCUAGAUCUUUACAAUGUAACUGCUUUAAGAGCCCUAUGAAUCUAUCAAAUGCUCAUUUGCUGCAUACAAAUUCUGUUGGAACAAAAGCUGAAAAUAAAUUGUCUUACAAAAGUCAUAUGGGGCGUAGUACACAAAAUCUUUAUGAUAGUGUAUCACUGAAGGACGGAAUGAAGCAGAUAAUUCAAAGCGACGAUGGACGUAUCACUACUGACAAUGAAUGUUUGAUGUUGGAACUUGAAGAGAAAAAAGGUCAAAUAAAACGCUUACAGAGAAUUAUAGAGCAUCAAAGAGAACUGUUUUUAAGGCAGUCGGAAGACACACAGAGAGAUGGUGAUCGAAGAAUAGAAUCAAUUAAAGCUGAUUAUGAAUGUACAAUUAACCGAAAUUAUAAACUAAUUGAUGAACUAAUUGAAGAGAAAAAAGUACUUCAUACAAAAUGUGAAGAAUUUUUAGAAGAACUAAAGACAGUGACAAAGAAAACGAACGAAAAAAUCAAAGCACUUGAAGAAAGACACAAAGUCGAGAUGCGAAAAGUAGAGGCCAAACAUUUAGCUGCGGAAAAGCUGCGCCGGGAAAAGUGGGAGACAGAAAAAGCAAAACAUUUUAAAGAAGUUACUAUUCGUGGGAUGGAAAAUGAAGUAGCCCAAAUGAUCGCAAAUCACAAGGCUGAAAUGGCAAGUUUGCGUCAGUCAUGCGCUCAACAAAUUCAAGCAGCUGAUGUACGCGCCUAUCAAGCUUAUAUUAGUCACAUUGAAGAACUAAAACAGACGUUGAUAAAAGAAAAAGAUGAAGCCUGCUGUAGAGAAAGAGAACUUGUUGAACAACGAUUAAAUCAAACUUUAGCAGAAGAACGUAAUUCUUUGGAAGCCCAUAGACGUAGAUUGUUAGAUGAGAUUUCUGAUGAACGUGAAAGAUUGGCAUUGACUGCAUCUAAACAAAGGGCUGAAAUGGAUACUCUUAGGAACAAUUUAGAAGUUGCCUUGACACAAGCUAACGAACAACAUAAAAUGGAAAUUGAACAAUUAAGGGCGGAUUUGAUUCAAAGACAUAAGGAUGAAAUAGCUGAGUUGAAUCAACGUAAUUUGGCUGAACGUACAGCAUGGGAAGAACAUACUAAGUCAUUGUUGGAAUCCCAGUAUACUUCUAGAGAGACUAUACUGAAGGAACAGCUCAAGAAAGAACGAGAUCGCUUGUUAGAAUCUGCAGUUCAACGUCUUGAAGCUGAAGCAAAUGAAGCAAGGUUAGAAACUGAUCGUCAAGCAGAACUGAAGGUGAAACGUGUACGUGAAAAAUUCCAAGCUGAAAUAGAGGAACUUGAAAGAUCAGAGAGACAAGCAAUGGAGAAAUAUUGUCUGAUGAAGACUCAAUUUUUAGAUAAAGAGCAUGAAGCAGAUAGACUUCGGUCACAGUUGACGCAGAAAGAUCAGGAGUUAGCUGAAGUUCGCUUAUUAUACGAAAAACUUAAUCAAGAACGCCAAAACAUUUCAGAUGUAAUACGUCAGGAAUUUGCUGAUCGCCUUGUUUAUGUGGAAGAAGAAAAUAGGUCGAUGAAACGUGAGUUAGCCGAACUGAAGGCCCGUUUAAAGGCUGAACAAGAAAGACAUGAAAAAGAAAUUGAUGCUAUUAAGAAAUUGAACAACUCAGAAAUAGAAACAGUUCACCUAAAAAUUAAAGAGAUCAUUAAAAAGAAAGAGGAAAAAUUCGCCAUAUUGCGAGAAAGCUUUCAAAAUGAACUUGAGAAGAAGGAUCGUGAAUUGGACGCAGCCAAUCAGAGAGCUCAACAUUUGGAAGAGUUGAUAGACCAUCAAAGCAAACAGUUUCUACAAGCCAAUCACUAA